UGGUGAAUCCGUGCCUUCCCAGCAAGGCACGCCAUUUGGUGUGCUGGGGUAUUAAUUCAUGAGUGAAACCUUGGAAAUUCUGAGUUAACAGGCUACUGACUAAACACUUAAACUAACGGAACAACCUCCUCAACUUGGAACCACGGCAAGAAGCAAGAGUCUAGCUUUUUAGUAGAGAACAGAACAAGGACAGGUCACAGAAGCACAAUGAACAUUCAGUCUGCCAUCAACAAAGAGGUAUUCAUCCCUCGUGAUGAGCGGAUGCUGGUGGCAGUGGAGGUGUGGAGGCGGAAAAGGAAGAGACUAUCCAUCCUACUAAGUGGAGCCAAAGCAGAGUAUGCAACAUUCAUCUGUGUGUCAGUGACUAACAGGAGGCCACAUCAGCUCCUCAUAACAAAGGUGAAGCGAUUCAGUGGAUCGUCCUCCUUCACUAGGAGGUCCAAGUGGACGGUUGAGCAGCUCCGACAGGUCAAUGGCAUCAACCCAAACAAGGAAACCCCGGAGUUUGACCUGGGGUUUGACAAUGGUGUGGAUCAGUGGGUGGCCAACUCAUCAGCAGAAAAGUGUAUCUUUAUCCAGAUCCUGUACCAUGCCUGCCAAACCUACUGGGUGGAAAAAGCAGGGGAUAUGGGAAAGACUGGUAAGGUGGGCAAGAUGGGUCGCCAGGGGAGUGCUAUUCAGGGCACCCAGGAUGAGAUCAGAGCUGGUCCUAGUGGAUCCUCACCUCGCUCUGCAUCCAGAACCCUGCAGGCCAGACGGAAAAGCUACAGUCCUCCCAAACAGACAGAGUUCAUCAACUGCCAGUCCAAACUCACAAGAGAUGCCUGCACCAUGAAUCUGGUGAUCUAUCGCUGCAAAGCCUUCUUGAACCAUAUGAAGAAAAGGAUGGUUGCAAAUCAAAACCGAUCAGCAGGUCGAGGUCAGCCUGGGCAGCGUGUCACAGGCAGCACUGUGGGUGAUGUAGUCCAGAGGGUGAACGUGGCUCUGGGGGAGCGUGGAGACAGACUGACUCGUGCUGAGGACAAGACUGUGGAGCUGAUGCAAAAAGCUCAGCAGUUUGGGGACACUGCUCACCAGCUGGCCCUGAAGUAUUCAAAGUAGAGUCUUUAAAGGAGGAGGAUGAAUUCUACAGGAUGUUGAAGAUGAGUCUUGUAACAUGGGCAAUAACACUGUCUGAUGCGCUCUGGGCUUAGUCUGUUUGUGUGGAGGCAACCGGAGAAGAGCGACUCUCAGGCAUUAUAGACUGUCCCAAAACUACUUCCUUUUAACCUGAGUACAGCAGAGACAAAUAGUCUGUUAUUCUAAUCUUUGCUUUUCCUCGAUCUGAGGAUCAUCUGUGUUCAGCGUUUGUCUUUAUCCUACUAUCAGAUGAAGCUACAGUUAUUAAACAUUAUGUUGUGUAAUGAUAAGUGGAAAUUUAUCAAAUUUAUCAGAGGGAAUUGUAAAUUGUUGGUAAUGUGUGUAAAUGAUUAAAUUGCACUAAAUGUUUGAUUUGAUAAUUAUCCUGCAACUCUUAUAACCACAUGUUGCCAUUAUUAUGUGUUCCUCAUGUAUGUAUGUGUUUGUGUGUUUGGAUGUUUCAGUGAACAAUAUCGUGUUCAGUGUCAUGAAGUCAAACUUGUUUUGUCCUUUAAGUUCCUAUUUAUGUAUCCUGAAUGUCAAAGCAUCACUUUAUAUGUUUGUAUGUUGUACUGUGUCGUCCACUUUGUACAUGUCAUCACUGUUUUUGGGUGUGUAUUUUUCUGAGUGUUUAUUUAGGGGAGUUCCAUAUUGAGAAGUGUGAGUGGAGAUGGUCUGCCUAGAAAAGUGAGGUUGAAACAUUGAAUCUCCUUGUAUUCACAUCUGAUCCAAACAGUGAGUGGUGUAUUUGGGAUUUUAACUUUUUGUCCCUUGGUAUUCUGAUAAAGGGGAAUAUAUUCUAACCAAACCUCUCUUUUGUGGUUUUUUCAUUGCUUUUGGAUACAGUUUUAAUGCUCAUAAUGUAUAUGUCUCUGAUCUAUUAACCUAUUUAUAAUUAUCUCACUCCUUUCAUUGACCCAGUUAUAUAAGACUGGACUUGUAUAUUGGCUGUUCUUGUUGAGGCCACCAGGAGCUGCUGAAGCAGCUAAAAAUACACAAUCCCAAAGCAACUGACAGAAACAUCGUUGAAAUGUGACUGAUGAAGUUUCAUUAAAUUAUUUUGUUUAAUGAACAGUUUUAAAAAUGUGACUUUAAUCCAAUCACUCAAUAGACUAGAUUUGAACAGAUUAGUUCACAAAGCUCUUCCUCAACAGCUCUCAGUCUCUCUCUGUUUUUAGUUUUUAUCGCAGUCAAGCUUGAAAAGCUCAGCUCACACAGAUAUGUUGUGGAAAACAGGAGCAAUGUCCAAAUAGCUUUGUUGGCCAGAUUGGGGGACUCCUUGGCAGCAGAUAACCAAAAACUGUUCAAAGGAAGAUCAGCAAACGUUUAGCUUUAAACCAUGAUCUUGUUUCAGUUCAAUGAGUUCCUCUUGCUCAAAGUCAUGUCCUUUCCAGCAACUGAUGCUGAGCUGUAUGGGUCCCUAACCCAGUCAAGGCAUUCUGUGAACGUUGAAGA